AAUAUAUUUUUCAGUAAAAGUUGUUUAUUUAUUAUUUCUAAUCGCUAGACUAAAUUUUUAUUCCAAACACUCAAAUUACUAUUUUUCAAUAUUUUGACGUUAUUUCAAUAUUUUGACGUUAUUUCAAUAUUUUGACGUUAUUUCAAUAUUUUGACGUUAUUUUGAUAAAUUUUUAUAAAUUUGGAGAUAUUUUAAAGUUAUUUAAAUUAUUUAAAUUUUGCAAGAUUUUUCAGUUUCCAUAAAUUUCGUAAAUUCCGUAAAUUUGCCUUAAAUUUCGUAAAUUUCGCUUAAAAUUUUAAUACUUUUAUAUAUGAAUGCAAGUGGCUGUGGAUUACUAUUUGAACCAGGUGGAGAUAACAAAUUUGGACAGCAUAAUAAACAACGCACUGAAUUGCGAAUUCGUAUCGGAAUCUGAAGUGGUAAAACUUUGUGAAAAGGCGAAGGAAAUUCUCAUUGACGAGAGUAAUAUUUUAUUUAUUAAAGCGCCAGUCACGGUCGUUGGUGAUAUCCACGGCCAACUCUAUGAUUUAAAAGAAUUAUUUCGUAUCGCAGGAUCCGCUCCAAACACUAAUUUCCUCUUCCUCGGCGAUUAUGUCGACAGAGGCUAUUAUUCCGUCGAAUCCGUUAUUCUCAUCGUCUCACUCAAAGUCAGAUAUAAACACAGAGUAUUUAUAAUAAGGGGGAAUCACGAGUGUAGGCAGAUAACUCAAGUCUACGGCUUCUAUGACGAAUGCCUACGUAAAUACGGUAACUCGUACAUCUGGAAAUGCUUCACAGAUUUGUUUGAUUUUUUACCAUUGGCGGCUUUGAUUGAGAAUAAAAUAUUUUGUCCGCAUGCUGGUCUUUCUCCCUCCAUUGACUCACUAGAUCACAUCCGGAAACUUGAUCGAAUCCAGGAGAUCCCGCAUGAGGGUGCGAUGUGUGACUUACUAUGGUCCGAUCCUGAGGAGAGAACUGGCUGGGGACUUAGUCCCAGAGGUGCUGGAUUCACCUUUGGCUAUGAUAUCACCAAAGCCUUCAAUCAAAACAACGGACUCGAUCUCAUCGCCAGAGCACACCAACUCACCAUGGAAGGAUACCAGUGGUCACAGGACAAGAAUGUGGUGACGAUAUUUAGUGCGCCAAAUUAUUGUUACCGCUGUGGGAACCAAGGCGCAAUCCUAGAAAUCGAUGAACAACUCAAUUUCACUUUUAUCCAGUUUGAUCCUUCACCGGAACGAGAACCGCCAAUCAUUCCCGAAAUCACAGAUUACCUUUUAGAAGAUAUCAAAUACAUCAACUAAUCUCUAAUUUACUCUAUUACUU